UGCUUUCUUUAAUAACUAGGAUAUUUUAAUAUCAAACAUUAAUAUAAUUUCAUUUUUCAACUUGUAUUUUAGGGAAUUUGGAGUGUUAAAACAAAAAUAUGGAUUCCAAAGAUAUUAUCCCCGUUUUUCCUACUCCAAUGGCCAAGCAAAUAAUGAUGUCUCGAUUGAGAACUGCUGAGAAAGGACAUAAUAUCAUGAAGCGAAAAUCAGAAGUUCUUCAAAUGAAAUUUAGAAACGUUGGCAAAGAAAUUAUUGAAAUUAAAUCUCUACUGGGCGAAAUAUUCAAAGAGGCUUCGUUUUUACUAGCAGAAGCAAGAUUUGUCAGCGGAGAUUUCAGUCAAACAGUGCUAAGUGCCGUCGAUAAAGCCAGGGUCAAAGUAAAGCAUAGACUGGAAAAUAUAGCAGGCGUCCAACUGAGAAUUUUUGAAUGUUACUCUGAAGGAUCUGACAUGUAUGGUUUAACAGGGUUAGCAAGAGGCGGAAGACGUUUGGCUUCGCUGAAACGGGCGUAUUUUAAUGCCACUCAGAUUCUUGUUGACCUGGCUACUCUUCAGACAACUUUCCAGAUCCUUGAUGAAGUGAUUAGAGGUAAUAAUCGAAGAGUUAAUGCUUUGGAAUAUCUGUAUAUCCCUAAAAUUGAAAGGACUCUAAAGUAUAUUGAUGAUGAACUGGAUGAAAGAGAGAGACAAGAAUUCUUCAUAAUGAAGACACUUCAGAAGCUGAAAAGGGAAAAUAUCAAAAAGAUGCGAGAAGAGGUUUUUAAAAUUAAAACUUCGGGAGAUCCUGAAGGAAAGGUGCGAAAUAUUUUGGAGGAAAUGGAAGAUAAAGAUAAUCUUUUCGCAUAAAGUUUUGUAUAUAAUUUGCAUGUAAAUUAAGAGUACGUUCUGUACCUACGAAAUUUUAUGUCCCGCUGCAUUUGAUUAAAUGAUACUUCCAUGUUAAAAUAGUCACUGCAUUUAAUUGUCAAAAUUGAUAAACUUAAU